GGGGCCUCUGCCCCGCAAAACGGCGAGCCCUGGUUUCCCGUGGAAGCCCACCCUCCCUCCCCGUUCGGGGCGGCUCUUCGGGGCGCCCUGGGUCGGGUAGGCCCAAAGGUGCCCCCUCUCUUGUCCUCUCUCCUCCAGCGGAAGUCGCCGAAGUGGGCAGAACCUUCGAGGCCGCUGCUGCUUGUGCGCCAGUUGCUUGCUGCGAGCGUUCCCUUCGGGCCGCAAGUGUUUAAACGCCACCCACCGGAACCCAAACCGGGGCUUGACCAGGCUCUUGGGCUGCUGUAAGGAUGUCUGCCAAGAACCAGAUAGCUGCCAGAGCUGCACUUAUUGAGCAACUCAUAGCUAAGAGGAAUUUUGAGGAUAUUGGCAACCACCUGACUGAACUAGAAAUGAUUCAUGUGACUAAGGAGCAUCUCCAGGAAACAGAUGUGGUCAGAGUUGUGUACAGAGUCCUCAAACACUGCCCCACGGUGACUUUGAAGAAGAAAGCCAAGUGUCUGCUGUCAAAGUGGAGAGCACUUUAUAGGAUGACUCACUGCAAGCCAAUAGACAACCCUCAGUUAUCUCCCAUGAGUGGUAAUAAGGAAGAGAACUCAGGACAUUCUCAUGACCCAAGUCAAGAUGAGAUCAUGGACGUCUCUAGUUCUAAUCCUUGGCCAUCAUUCCAAGAUGUUGCGGAAGCCAUUGAAAUGAUCGUGCCAGCAAAUAGUGCUGUUCACGUGGUACCUAAGGAAGGGCACUGCAGUGGUUGUGACCUGACACCCACUGGCAAGGAAUCCAGUGAGUCGCUGGUUGGUCCCACAACGCCUUUGAGAACCAAAAGCAUAGAACUUCUUUACAAAGCUUUAACUAGUUCUUCCACAGAUCUGCCAAAAGCUGAUUUGUGGCAAAAAUUUGCAAGAGAAAUUGAAGAGCACAUUUUUGCCCUUUAUUCGGGAAAUCUCAAGAAAUAUAAAACUUGUAUCAGAAGCAAAGUUUCCAAUUUGAAGAACCCCAGAAAUUCUCAUUUGCAACAAAACUUGCUGUCUGGGACCAUGUCUCCCAGAGAAUUUGCUGCAAUGACCGUCCUGGAAAUGGCCAACCAGGAGCUGAAGGACCUGAGAGCUGCCUACACAGAAUCUUCUAUACAGGAACAUCGUCUUCCCCAAGAACUCGAUGGCACACCAACAAAUAAAAUCAAAUGCAGACGAUGUGAGAAAUACAACUGCAAGGUCACUGUAAUUGCCCGAGGAGCACUUUUCCUUCCAAGUUGGGUGAGGAAUUCCAACCCUGAUGAACAAAUGAUGACCUACGUUAUUUGUAAUGAAUGCGGAGAGCAGUGGUACCACAGCAAGUGGGUGUGCUUAUAAUUGUCAAUAAAUGUUCUCUUAGCAACACAUAACCCAAGUGAUGCCUUUUAUUUAUACAACUCUUUCAUGCUUGUUUUUAAAAUCUUAUACACUAGUCUUAAAACGAUCCUAAGAAGAAAGAAAGUAGUUUGCUGACGCUCAUACCGCUAUUGCCAAAAGUUGAUAGUUUGGGGGAAGUGUAUGGCAAUUUAAUUUCCAUUGUGUCUUGCAGCCGUUUGUUGUUAGCUGCCCUGACCCUUGACUCAUGGCAUCCCCACGCACAGUGAAACAAAAUCCCAACCCAUGAUGGAUUGGGGAUUGGAUCGUUAGCAUCCAUAGGGUUGCAAAGGAAGUGCAUUGGCUGGGAAUUGAAACCAGGUCUCUGGCUUCUACAUGAGAAUUCUACCACUGAACCACCAGUGCCCCCAAUUUGCAGGCAUUUAGUGUCUCUCUAUUCAGAGUAUGGUGGGGGACCAACAGCUCAACACAGGAGCCUGUUAGAAAUGCAGGUUCUCAGUCUGCACACUAUUGAAUCAAAAUCUGCAUUUUGGCAGGAUCUCCCCCUCCUUCCCCCGCCCCCAGGACCCUGUUCAUUCUAGUCGGAGAAGCUCUGCUUGAGCAAGAGGCCUAUUGUUUACAGCAAUGGCUGCUUAUUAGAAUCACCUGGGAGCGGCAGCAAUCCGCAGGCUGAUUCCAAGGCCCCACCCUAGAGCAAUUAUCUGAAUCUUCCAGAUGGGGCCUAGGUGUCAACUUUUUUUUUUUUUUUAAUUCCUUGAGUUAUUUUAAGAUGCAGCCAGGGUUGAGAAGUACUGAUAAAUAGGCUCUCACCUGAUGCGUUUUACAGCUCUGGAAGGAGGGUGUUAUUCUGUACACUUUACAGGUGAGGAAGUAAGUCCACAGAGGUGCUGUGACUUGAGCGAGCUAAAAAAAAAAAAAAACCCAAACCCACAGGACCUUAAAUAGCCCUCCUCAAACUAAUCCCAGAACCUCUUUACAAAGAAGUUUUUUACAAAGCUUUAAUGAGUUCUUCCACAGAUCUGCCAAAAACUGAUUUGUGGCAAAAAUUUAUGUGGUGAAAUGAGUUCCUUUAUGUGGCCUUUUGCUUUGGUUCUUUGGAAAAACAGCUUGAGAGGUUUUUCCUCUAAGCCCUGAGGAGUUACCUUUGCCCUAGUUUUCUACCCUAGGUGGUUUGUCACUUUUGUCCUGGUCCAUCACAAUUUCCUGGGUAAGUUGUAAACAACUUGGUUUGAUGCUUUCUGCCUGGCCCUGGGGUGAAGCCUGUCCUAUGAUUGGUUGGUACCUUGCAGGGAUUGGUCAGUAACAAUGCAAAUGAGGUGAGUUGCAGCCUAGUCCAGCCUACUAUGCAAAUGAAGUAUCUGUGGCCUAGCAAGAGGGGAUUGGUCAGUUUGUAGCCCUGGUGGGAGGGCCAUGCCUUGAAAUUUAUGAGGAGGCGUUUGUAUAUAUAUACAGCCAACCCCACGGAGGUUUUGUAGACAGAGGCAAGAAGAGAAGCAGAGGGAAGAAAGAAGCAAAGAGAGAGGAGGCAAGGCUCCUCCUAAGAAGAGAUGUACUACUGAUCAAGGGCUGUAACACUGAAGACAGUGAGAGGCCCAAGAAGGGGCCCAGUGGCAGAGCUGGUGAAGGGGCUCAGAAGGGGCCCAGUGGCAGAGCCAAUGGUGACAGACGGCAGGGCUGAGAGGAGCCUAUCUUCAGUGGGCCUAGAAGAACUGGGAGGGCUGUCCUGCACUGAAGAAGGGAGACCCUGCCUACAUGCUUCCUGAUCCUGAUCCUGAGUUGUACCCUGUUCCUUAAUAAACCACAUAACUGUAAGUACGGUUCGUGACUUCUAUGAGACGUUGCCCUGAAUUGCCAAACCCAUAUGGGGGAGGGAAGAGUCCUGAGGGGAGGGAGAGUGGCCAGUGUCAGAAACGGAUGGUACAGCAGCUUGAAGAAUGUGGAAUUCUGAGGUAUAUUUAACCUUUGCCUCAUAGAAAUUGGCUCCGUGCCGAUUCUUACAUUUGAAGUUACUUGUACAAUUUGGGAGAUAAAUUGAAGAGCACGUUUUUGCCCAUUACUCAAGAAAUCUCAAAAAAUACAAAACUUAUAACAGAAACAAAGUUUCCAAUUUGAAGAACCCCAGAAAUUCUCAUUUGCAACAAAACUUGCUCUCUGGGACCAUGUCUCCAAGAGAAUUUGCUACAGUGACCGUCCUGGAAAUGGCCAACCAGGAGCUGAAGAAAGUUAAAGCUGCCUACACAGAAUCUUGUAUACAGAUUGUGUAUUUUUCAUAUUGUAUGUUUUCUUCCUCUAAAUUCACUGGGAUUGCGUCGAUAUUGACUUCUGAGAUCUGUGAGCCUAAAUGAAGAGUGUCUUUGAGCGCUAACAUCUGGUGACUAGUGUGUCAUUCUUUUCCCUUCUCUUUUCUUACGUCACAAGUCUCCCUAGGACCAAGAAUGUCACUCCAAUACUCAUCCCACAGUUAGAAUUAUGUUUCAAGUCCUUCUUGCUUAGCUCAAGGAGUUGAGUUGGUUUUUUUUUGUUGUUGUUGUUGUUGUUGAUAUUGUUUGUUUUUCUUUGCACAUAUCGUGCAGGGCAUAUAAACUCUUUUGACUAUGACAUUUGGUUUCUCUUCGGAUUCUUCAUGUCCUAAAGGGCAUGUGUGUGUGGCCUGAAGCGCAAAGCCUGCUCAUCAAAAUGGGUGUCCGUCUCUCAGAAGAGGCCUACCACUGCAGCCUUUGAGACCACGCACAUUCAUGGAAUGAAUGGAUUGAAGAGGAAUGGCUUGUUUAAGGCCUUUGCAAACAGUGUUUCACCAAUUUGUAUAAUUGCUUAAACAUAACCCACCUCUGUGAUUACAGCUGAGUUUUCCCUUUAAAAAAAAUCCUACAAUGUUCAUGGUUUUUACAAUUUUGAAAAAUUUACUUUCACGUUAUCUAGAAACCUACUCGUUUUCACCAGUUCUUUUCUCCAUUUCUCCUAACUUGUUAGGGCUUUGAAGGUCUAUCUCUAUGUACACUCUACCUGCUCCAUGACAGAAUUUCCCCAAAGGUGCAGAACACUGAAAUAUGUUUUUGUUUUCAAAUGAUUUUGAAGAAAUAGGCUUGUGGCAAUCAAGUAUAAAUACUCUUUUGAUAUUUUUUCUCAGUGUGGUCUCUCAGUGGCUAUGCUGCUUAUUGUGAUACAACACAUUGGUUGUUGUUAGUUGCCAUCCACUUGACUCCAACUCAUGGUGACCUUAUGUAUAACAGAAUGGAAUGUUGCCCAGUCCUGCAUCAUCUUCAUGAUCGCUGGUGUGUUUGAGUCCAUUGUCAUGGCUAUUGCGCCAGUGUAUCUCAUGGAGGGUGUCUUAGUUAUCUAGUGUUGCUAUAACACAAAUACCACAAGUGGAUGGCUUUAACAAGCAGAAGUUUAUUCUCUCACAGUCUGAGAGACUAGAAGUCCAAAUUCAGGACACCAGCUCCAGGGAAGGAUUUCUCUCUCUGUUGGCUCUCAGGGAAGGCCCUUGCCAUCAAUCUUCCCCUAGGUCUAGGAUUUUCUCAGCAUAAGGACCCCAGGUCCAAAGGACAUGCUCUGCUCCUGGCACUACUUUUUUGGUGGUAUGAGGUCCUUCUGUCUCUCUGCUCACUUCUCUUUUUUAUAUUUCAAAAGAGAUUGACUCAAGAUACAACCUAAUAUUACAGAUUGAAUCCUGCCUCAUUAACAUAACUGCCUGUAAUCCUGCCUCGUUAACAUUCUAGAGGUAGGAUUUACAGCACAGGAAAAUCACGUCAGAUGACAAAAUGGUGGACAAUCACACAAUGCUGGAAAUCAUGGCUUAGCCAAGUUGACACACAUUUUGGGGGGACACAAUUCAAUCCAUAACAGAGGGUUGCCCUCAUUUUCACUGACCCUCUACUUCACCAACCAUGAUGUCCUUUUCUAGCAAUUGGUUUUUCCUGAUGAUGUGUCCAAAGUAAGUGAGGCGAAGUCUUGCCAUCCUUGCUUCUAAGGAACAUUUUGGUUGUAUUUCUUCAAAGACUGAUUUAUUCGUUGUUCUGACAGCCCACAGAGUUUUCAAUAUUCUUUGACAACACUACAAUUCAAAUGCAUCAAUUCUUUCUCUGUCUUCCUUUUUCAUUGUCCAGCUUCCCCACGCCUGUGAGUCAACAUGUUAGUCCUUUAAAAUACAGGCAGUCCGCAGGUUAGGAACAUUGGACUUAAUGGACAACUCCAACUUGCCCUUUAAUGUUAUGUAAAUUUGUCCUCACUUUGAAAGGAUCAAACCAACCCCCGACUCCAACAAAUUCUUCCUCACAAUCACCUUCACUUGCUUUUAAGUCACUGAGAAGGCUUUGAGCCUUUUCUUGCACUAAGCCAAACCCUUUACCCGUCAAGUCAAUUCCAACUCAUAGCAACCCUAUAAGACAGAGUAAAACUCUCCCAUACGGUUUCCAAGGCUGUAAUCUUGAAGGAAGUAGAUUGCCACAUCUUUUUUCCCCGGAGCAGCUGGUGAGUUUGAACCAUCAACCUUUCGAUUAGCAGCUGAGCACUUAAACACUGUGACACCAGGGCUUUCACUAAAGUAAGUCUACAUAAGAACCGUAUUAACUUAUGUACACAUUCUUAAAGACACGUUUGGAAACAUAUCUCGUCAUAACCCAGGGACUGCCUGUAAUUCAGAGAAUCUUGCAAAGUCAUCUACAACCCUCAAGUUUCACAAAGUGUGGUUUCCUAUGACUUGGAAUGAUCUUCAAAACUAUUCAAUGGUCAUGUAAGAACAUAGCACAUGAAAACCAAAUCCAAUUAGUUCAUGUCAGUAUUUGUUGGGUUUUUCUUUUUUGGUAGAAGUUUUUAUUUUUACUUGAGUUUUGCAGAUGAAUAAAAGCACUUGAAAUGGAAAUUGCUUCUCUCCCCAAAUUUUGGAAGUCUGGGUGGUCUUCCUCAUUUUGUAUCAAUUUUGGUGGUGAAUUUUGCAACUAAAGUUAGGAAAAUAGUAAUCUGGGUUUUUUUUCAUUCAGUGAUGAGACAGCACUAUACUUUAAAAGUACCCAUAACCAUUUUUUCACAUCCUACCUUUGGUCCCCCAAAAAGAAAGGGUUUUUCUUUAAAAUUACACAUGGGGCGAGUAACCUUGAAAAUAUUAUAUGGAGUGAAAUAGGUCAGUCACAAAAGAGCAAAUAUCGUAUGAUCCCACCUAUGUGAAGUAUCAGAAUAGGCAAAUGUAUAGAGAUCAAAGUUUAUUAAUGGUUACCAGAGGUAAGUUCGAGGGAGUGGGGAGAAAGACACAAUGCUUAAGGAGCACUAAGAAGGGUCAUGAAAAAAAUCAGAAACAGUUAAUGGUCGAACAAUGUAAUGAAUAUAAUUUAAUGUCACUGAACUGUACGUAUGAAGAGUAUAGAAAUGACAAAUGUUUUGUUACCUAUGUAUUUACCACAAUAAAAAGAAUUACAUGUGGGGUAAAAAUUCACUCCUUAAAUACUUAAUUUAAAACCACUUUUAUAGAAACAGCAAGUGCAAAGGCCCUGAGACAGGAAGGUGCUUGAUACAGUCAAGGCAGGGCAAGCGCUCACCAGAGCUAAGGUGCAUUGAGCAGG